GCAACCAUUUCCGCCACAACUACCAUAUCCGCAGCCGCAAUCAUUUCCACCACAACAACCAUAUCCACAACAGCAACCACAGUAUCUACAACCACAACAACCAAUUUCGCAGCAACAAGCACAACAACAACAACAACAACAACAACAACAACAACAACAACAACAAAUCCUUCAACAAAUUUUGCAACAACAACUGAUUCCAUGCAGGGAUGUUGUCUUGCAACAACACAACAUAGCGCAUGCAAGCUCACAAGUUUUGCAACAAAGUACUUACCAGCUAUUGCAACAAUUGUGUUGUCAACAACUGUUGCAGAUCCCUGAGCAGUCGAGGUGCCAAGCCAUCCAUAAUGUUGCUCAUGCUAUUAUUAUGCAUCAACAACAACAACAACAACAAGAACAACAACAACAGUUGCAACAACAACAACAGCAGCAACUGCAACAACAACGACAACAACCGUCGAGCCAGGUCUCCUUCCAACAGCCUCAGCAGCAAUAUCCAUCAAGCCAGGUCUCCUUCCAGCCAUCUCAGCUAAACCCACAGGCUCAGGGCUCCGUCCAACCUCAACAACUGCCCCAGUUCGCGGAAAUAAGGAACCUAGCGCUACAGACGCUACCUGCAAUGUGCAAUGUCUACAUCCCUCCACAUUGCUCGACCACCAUUGCGCCAUUUGGCAUCUUUGGUACCAACUGAGAAGAGAAGAACUCUAGUACUAGAUAUAUGAAACACCGUUUUCUUAGUCCAUGGUUUGGUCGUUGUAGCAGUGAAAAAAUAAAGUGACAUGCACUAUCAUGUAAGAACCCGAACUAUACUAGUUCAAACUUGGGAAUAAAAGACAAACACAUGUCUUGUCUACA